GGCAGAUAGGGCCAGUGGGAGCCGCCCCGCCUCCCCCUCUCAUAAGAGUGUCCCAGGGCCCCGCCUUGGUCAGUGUUGAGGCCACAGCAGCACCAUGACAGACCUCUCCGUGCGCCUGGCGGCUCUGAUCCUUCUAGGAGUGGCCCUGUGUGCGGCACAGCCCCGGGGCCGGAUCCUGGGCGGCAGCGAGGCCAAGCCGCACGAGCGGCCCUACAUGGCGUCGGUGCAGGUGAACGGCACGCACGUGUGCGGCGGCUUCCUGGUGGCUGAGCAGUGGGUGCUGAGCGCAGCGCACUGCCUGGAGGACGUCUCCAGGCCCAAUGAGACGGUGACGGUGCUUCUAGGCGCGCACUCCCUGUCGCAACCUGAACUCUCCAAGCGCCGGUAUAAUGUGUCCCGAGCAGUGCUCCACCCGGGCAGCCGCCCGGAAACCAUCGACCACGACCUCCUUCUGCUGCAGCUGUCUGAGAACGCCACUCUGGGCCCCGCCGUGACGCUCCUGCCCUGGCAGCACGAGGACCGCGAGGUGGCCGCUGGCACGCGCUGCGACGUGGCCGGCUGGGGCAUAGUGAGCCACACGGGCCGCCGGCCCGACCGCCUGCAAUACGUGGUCCUGCCCGUGAUGGACCGAGCAACCUGCAACCAGCGCAUAUACCACGACGGCACCAUCACUGAGCGCAUGAUGUGCGCCGAGAGCCACCGCCGGGACAGCUGCAAGGGUGACUCUGGGGGCCCUCUGGUGUGCAACGGCGUGGCCGAAGGCGUGGUCACCUCAGGAUCCCGCGUGUGUGGCAACCGCAAGAAGCCAGGCAUCUACACCCGGGUGGGGAGCUACACGGCCUGGAUCGAUAGCGUUAUGGACGGAGGCGCGGUCUCCGAAGGAGAGCCUGAGGGGCAGGGUCACCCGGAGCAAUAAAGCCAUUCACCAUUCACUCCUGCAUCCCAUCAGACUUUAUUCUCAUUUUUUUCUCUUUCUAUUUUGUUUAUUCAUUCGUUUUAAGAUUCCACAUAUACGUGAAACUAUAUGGUACUUGUCUUUCUCUGUCUGACUUGUUUAACUUAGCAUAAUACCCUCUCGGACUAGGUCCAUCCAUGCUGUUGCGAAUAACAAGAGUUCAUUCUCUCUCGUGGCUGAGUAAUGUUCCAUUGUACAUGCAUCACAUUUUCUUCAUACGUUUGUCGAUCGAUGGACGCUUAGGUUGUUUCAUAUUUGGCUAUUGUAGAUAAUGCUGCAAUGAACACAGGGAUAUAAAUGUCUUCAGCUAAAUACCCAGAAUGCGGGGCCAUCCGGCAGCUCUAUUUUUAAUGUGAGGAAAUUCCAUCCGGUUUUCUAUAGUGGCUAUAUCAGUUUACAAUCCCACCAACAGUGCCCGAGGAUUCCCUUUUCUCCACACCUCACCAACACUUGCUGUUUGUUGAUUUAUUAUUAUUUUUUAAAAAUCCUGUUACAACCACUUUCUUGAAUUGAUUUUAGAGAGGCAGGAAAGGGGGAGAGAGAGAGAAACAUCAGUGUGAGAGAAAAGCAUGGAUUGAUUGCCUCCCAUAUGCGCCCCUGGGAAUCAAACCUGUGACCUUCGGGGGAAUGGGGCAACUCUCCAACCAACGGAGCCACACUGGCCAGGGCCUGUUUGUUGAUUUAUUGAUGGGAGCCAUUCUGACAGGUAUAAGGUGGUAUCUCAUUGUGUUGUUUGGGGUUUUUUUAAUCUUCACCCAAGGAGUGAGGAUAUUUUCCCACUGAUUCUUUUAUUUUUUAUUUUUUUAAAAACAUUUCUAUUGAUUUCAGGGAGGAAGGGACAAGGAGAGAGAGAUAGAAACAUCAAUGAUGAGAGAGAAUCACUGAUUGGCUGCCCCUUGACUGGAAUUGAACCUGGGACCCUUCAAUCCGCAGGCCAGCGCUCUAUCCACCUAGACAAACCGGCCAGGGCUCCAUUGAUUCUUUUAGAGAGAGUGAAAGAGAGGAGGGGGGGGAGAGAGAGAGAGAGAGAGGAACAUCAAUGUGAGAGAGACACACCUAUUGGUUGCCUCCCACACUCACCCCAACAGGGGAGGGGGGAGGCAGAGAUGGAACCUGCAACCCAGGUAUGUGCCCUUGACUAGAAAUAGAACCUGAGACCUUCCCUUGUGCAGGCCAACAUUCUAACCACUGAACCACGCUGGCCAGGGCUUUUAUUUUGGUUUUGAUUCACAUUGAUGAUUAGUGACACUGAGCAUCUUCAUAUGUCCGUUGGCCAUCUGUAUGUUCUUUCUGGAGAAAUUAUUAUUUAGGUCUUCUGCCAAAUUUUUAAUUGGAUUGUUUAUUUUAUGAUGUUGAGUUAUAUGAGUUCUUUACAUAUUUUGAAUAUUAAUCCCUUAUCAGAUAAAUCAUUUUCAAGUA